CUUUGUAUAUUGCAGGAAGAGCCAAGGAGCAAAUCCAAGAUCUGUGCCAAUGUCUUCUGCGGGGCUGGGCGGGAGUGUGCAGUGACUGAGAAGGGAGAGCCAACCUGCCUCUGCAUUGAGAAAUGCAAACCUCACAAGAGGCCUGUGUGUGGUAGCAAUGGCAAGACCUACCUGAACCACUGUGAGCUGCACCGUGAUGCUUGCCUCACUGGCUCCAAAAUCCAGGUGGACUACGAUGGCCACUGUAAAGAGAAGAAGUCUGAGAAUCCAGCUGCGAGUCCAGUUGUCUGCUACCAGUCGGACAGGGAUGAGCUCCGCCGCCGUGUCAUCCAGUGGCUGGAAGCUGAGAUUAUCCCUGAUGGCUGGUUUUCCAAGGGCAGCAACUAUAGCGAAGUCCUGGAUAAGUAUUUCAAGAGCUUUGACAAUGGUGAUUCUCGCUUGGAUUCCACUGAAUUCUUGAAGUUUGUGGAGCAGAAUGAGACCACUAUCAACAUCACCACCUACAUGGACCAGGAGACCAACAAGCUGCUCAGGGGACUCUGUGUAGAUGCCCUCAUCGAGCUGUCAGAUGAAAAUGCUGACUGGAAGCUCAGCUUCAAUGAAUUUCUCAAGUGCCUCAGCCCGUCCUUCAACCCACCAGAGAAAAAGUGUGCCCUGGAAGAUGAAUCCUAUGAGGAUGGAGCAGAGACCCAGGUGGAGUGCAACCGCUGCGUGUGUGCCUGUGGGAACUGGGUGUGCACUGCGAUGACAUGCGAGGGGAAGAAUGAGAAGGUGACUGCUCAGAGACAGCGACCUGAUCAAGACUUGACUGAGGAGGAGCUGGCUAGAUACAUUCAGGAACUGCAGAAGCAUCAGGAGACAGCUGAGAAGACCAAGAGAAUGAACACCAAGGAGAUGUAAGGGACCUCCACAACGGAGGAGCCCAGGAGGAUGGGCCCAACCUGCCACCCU